AUGAUAGCCUUCGAUCUGCCUGCCCAUGGAAGGAGUUUUCCUGGUAGUAAACAUGUUCCUGGGAAUCACACAAACAACGAAGAGGCCUAUGUCGGCACGAUUAGGGAGGUGGUUAAGGCCUUGAAGCUUAACAAACCCAUCAUUUGCGGUGCUUCGAUGGCUAGCCAGGUCUGCGUUGCAGUGCCAAUCCGAGCGGACGAGGCUGGAGUCGGGGGCACAAUUCCGCUGCAAGGAUGUGACUAUUUGCCCAUGGACCGUCAAUUCAACGAUAAGUCACCGGUCUGUAGCCAAGCGCUGUUCAACCCGGACUGGAUUUAUGGAAUGGUGGCACCACAAAGCCCUCUCGUGAACAAACAACUCAUCCGGCACAUGUACUCUGGACAAGCUUAUGGCAUCUUCCAUGGUGACUUGGACUUCUACUUUGGAGGAUUUGACGCGCGAGAUCGUGUCUCAUCCAUCAAUGUCAAGAAGUGUCCGAUCUACUUCCUCCCAGGGGAAUAUGACUGA